AUGGCUGCUCCUUCUGGUGGUACAGCGUUCCCCAACUACAAUGUCGGCCUUUCUCACGUGGAGGAUCCCAAUGAGCGCCGUCAGCAGGCCCUAGCCCGCAUUGACAAUGCCCCGUUCGGUUGGCGUCAUGCUCGCGCGGUCGUCGUGGCUGGCGUGGGCUUCUUUACCGACUCGUAUGACAUCUUCGCCAUCAACCUUUGCUCGAGCAUGUUGGGCGUUGUCUUCUGGCAGGACGCAGCUACCCGCCCCGGCAAGAUGCCAUACAGCUCCGACACUGCGAUCAAAGUCUCUACCUCAGCUGGUACCGUCAUCGGCCAGUUGUUCUUUGGAUGGAUUGAAUUGAUCAUCAUCAUCCUGGCCACCCUGGCGCAGUGUCUGUCUUCGAGCUCUCCCGCCAUGUCUAUCACCGGUCUGCUGGUUUUCUGGCGUACAGUGAUGGGUGUCGGAAUCGGUGGUGACUAUCCGUUGUCUUCGAUCAUAACCUCAGAUGGUGUCUGCCAGCUCGCCGUCGACAAGAUGUGGCGGGUUGUGAUUGGAUUCGGAGCGGUUCCGGCCUGUGUGGCACUCUACUAUCGUCUCACCAUUCCCGAGACUCCGCGCUACACGUUUGAUGUUGCGAGAGAUCUACUCAAGGCGGAUGAAGAUGUCGAGGCCUACAUUGAAGGUAAACGCGAAGGUCAUCCGGACGAGGUCAAGCGGGUGGCAGUGCUCCAGAGUGUCGAUGUCCGACUAGUGACACCAAAGGCGAGCUGGUCAGAUUUCUGGUCUCAUUAUUUGACCUGGAGACAUGGCAAGGUCUUGCUCGGGAGUGCCGGCUCGUGGUUUUUCCUCCAUGUUGCUUUCUACGGUCUUGGACUCAACAAUUCGAUUAUUCUGACGGCCAUCGGCUGGAAUGGGGGCAGCACCGUGUACGAAUACUUUUAUCGCAACGCCGUGGGCAACCUGAUUUUGAUCUGUGCGGGAGCUAUCCCGGGAUACUUGAUGACAGUUGCGACAGUGGACUGGCUGGGCCGCAAGCCAAUCCAGAUCACCGGGUUUGUGAUCUUGACUAUUCUCUUCAUCAUCAUUGGGUUUGCCUACGAGCCGUUGAAGAAAUCAGACAACCAAUCCAAAACAUGCCCACCCUCACCACAACAACAACCACCCACCCCCCCGACCACCUCGCCUCCCUGCACCUCAUCGCCACCAGCAUCACCCAACAACGCCAAGCAGCCAAUAAAUCCAUCCUCCACCACCCACUCUUCCUUCUCAGUCGAAUCACCGCCCUCUCCCUCACCUACCAUGCUACCUGCAUGCUCCAACCGACCACCUGGCCUACUAUGCUGCUCAUCACCUGGCCUGCCUGCAUUAUGGUGUUUUUGCUGGGUGUUGCGUAUAGCACACAUGGGUCGUGUGGAGAUGGAGAUGGAGGGGGUGGUGAAGGGGAUAUUGUGAUCGUGACGAAGUAUCAGGGGAGGGUUAUCGGGACGUUGGUUUUGAGGGUUGUGAGGGGGGAGGGGGAUGUGCUUGUUAGCCAUGGUAUGGUAGGGGAU